ACUCACGCAUACACACGUGUGCUAUACGCCGUAACCAUGGCGGACCUACAGAUGAAGCUCCUCCGCAAGAAAAUUCAGAAAAGGAACGACAAGAACAAAGAGCGAAAGUUGCUGAAGACAAGGACCAGAGACGAGGAGGCCGUGGAUCUGACAGUAAACUCAAAUGGACUGAAAGAGGAUUGUUGUGACGAACCUGUCACUGCUGCUAUGAUGGACAGAGAGCCCAAGAAGAAACAGACGGAACAGGUUGAGGGACCAGUGGAAGGGAGCCCCACAGAGGGAGCUCCUUUGAAAAAGAAGAAAAAGAAGAAAAGGAAGCUAACUGAGAUUGGUGAACCCCCAGCUGAGAAGAAGAGCAAAACUGUGAAAGAAGCAGACGGUGAUAACGAUGAAGAAGAGGACGAGGAUGAGGAGGCGGUAGUGGCAGCAGAACAGGCCACUGACAAACCAGAGGAAGCUGCCGAAGAUGAUGAAGCCAGAGAGGGAGAUGAUGAUGAUGAUGAGGAUGAAGAUCAACCUGAAUUGCCGUCUGGAUUAACAGGUGCGUUUGAGGACACAUCGUUUGCAUCUCUUGCAAGCAUGGUCAGUGAGCACACGCUGAAAGGAGUGAAAGAGAUGGGCUUUGAACACAUGACAGAGAUCCAGCACAAAAGUAUCCGCCCCCUCCUGGAGGGAAGGGAUGUUUUGGCUGCUGCUAAAACAGGAAGUGGUAAAACCUUGGCCUUCCUCAUCCCAUCUAUAGAGCUCAUCUACAAACUCAAAUUCAUGCCCAGGAACGGUACUGGUGUAGUGAUCCUUUCUCCCACACGUGAGUUGGCAAUGCAGACGUAUGGUGUAAUGAAGGAACUGAUGACGCACCAUGUGCACACGUACGGUUUGAUCAUGGGAGGCAGCAACCGCUCAGCUGAAGCCCAAAAACUGGCCAACGGUGUCAACAUCCUGGUGGCCACGCCUGGCCGUCUGCUGGACCACCUGCAGAAUACCCCUGGGUUCAUGUUCAAGAACCUGCAGUGUCUGAUUAUUGAUGAGGCCGACCGCAUCUUAGAAGUGGGCUUCGAGGAGGAGCUGAAGCAGAUCAUCAAACUGCUGCCAAAGAGGAGACAGACUAUGCUAUUUUCCGCCACUCAGACCAGAAAGGUGGAGGACUUGGCUCGCAUCUCCCUGAAGAAAGAGCCCCUCUAUGUUGGGGUGGAUGACAACAAAGACAAUGCCACAGUUGAUGGCCUGGAGCAGGGCUAUGUGGUGUGCCCAUCAGAAAAGCGCUUCCUGCUGCUCUUCACCUUCCUGAAGAAGAACCGCAAGAAGAAGCUGAUGGUCUUCUUCUCCUCCUGCAUGUCUGUCAAAUUCCACUAUGAGCUACUCAACUACAUUGACCUGCCUGUCAUGGCCAUUCAUGGCAAGCAGAAGCAGACCAAACGUACCACCACUUUCUUCCAGUUCUGCAAUGCAGACUCAGGCAUCCUACUGUGUACGGAUGUGGCAGCUCGAGGACUGGACAUACCUGAGGUGGACUGGAUCGUCCAGUAUGACCCUCCAGAUGAUCCCAAGGAGUACAUCCACAGGGUGGGCAGAACAGCUCGAGGCAUCAAUGGCAGAGGCCACGCACUCCUGAUCCUUCGACCGGAAGAACUUGGCUUCCUGCGGUUCCUCAAACAGGCCAAGGUCCCACUGAGUGAGUUUGAAUUUUCCUGGAGUAAAAUCUCUGACAUCCAGUCGCAGCUGGAGAAGCUGAUUGAAAAGAACUACUAUCUCCAUAAGUCAGCUCAAGAGGCCUACAAGUCCUAUGUGAGGGCGUACGACUCCCACUCCCUCAAACAGAUCUACAGUGUCAACACUCUCAACCUCCCCAUGGUGGCGCUCUCCUUUGGCUUCAAAGUUCCUCCAUACGUUGACCUCAAUGUCCACAGCAGUAAAGGAGCUAAGCUGCAGAAGCGAGGCGGUGGAGGCGGCUUUGGAUACCAGAAGUCCAAGAAUGUGCAAAAGUCCAAAAUCUUUAAGCACGUCAACAAAGGAAAAAAUGAUAAAAGGCAGUUCUCUCGCUGAGGAUUUUUUUUCUAGCAGACUACAUCUGUUCCUCAGUGUUUUACACAGUGGCCCUUUUCCUGAACAUGAACCUCCUGGACAUGAACAUGGGGCUGUGCACUGUCUCCCUCUGACAGUGUUGAUGCACAGUUGUCUUCCUCUCAAGUUGUGUAAAAGUAUUUUGUAAAUGUGCAAAUCUUAAUGUUGAAGAAGGCCUCUGAAUUCCCUCUGCUAAACAAAAAGCUCACUUUUCUCUAAUGCAUCUGACUAACAUAUUGAAUCUAUUGAUAUUAAAGUAUACUACGUUCAUAA